AUGGCGCGUAGGUAUGCGAGUGGGUACGACAGCUUGCCGGAUUUGUCGGGCCCGCUCCAUGUCUCGUCAGCGGAGCGCUCGUACGCGAUGCAGUUUGCACAGAUCUACGACUACCGCCUCUCGGUACUGCGCCGCCGCGUGCUCACCGCGGCGACCGAGCAGUUUGGCGAAAAGCCGCCGUACGUGGAGCGCAUAUUAGACACUCCCCCGAGGCAGCGUUGUUUCGUGAUCGGCACGCUGUACGCGCACAUGAAACACAAGCCUGAUGUGCUGCAGGAGAUUGCGCGCGAGGCGUCGCUUCCACCCCAGCAGGUGGUUUCGUACGCGGAUCCGGAAUACGACGAGCUCUACAUCGAAGACCAGAGCGGUCGUGUGCGGCUAGUAGGGGCGCGUGAUAGGAUGCAUUGUGUCACUGGGGCAGUUGUAGGUGUGCUGGGCAUCGAGACGCCCGACGGCGACUUGGACGUGUUGGAUAUGGUCGCGCCGGGUCCGCCGCCGCCCCUGUCCCUCGGCAACAUUCCGCAGCGCUUGCCCGAUGCGCCAGGCGCGCCUUCUAUUGUGCUCACAAGCGGCCUGUGCAUGGGAAACGCGGCGCCGGAACAGGACAUGUACCAUGCGCUGCUGCUAGAGUACCUCACGGGCGAGCUCGGUACGCCAGAGAUGCGCGCACAAGCGUCGUGUAUAUCGAGCAUCGUGCUUGCCGGCGACUCGGUGCGACGCGCGGCAUGGUGCGACCCAAUUAUCGCUGCAGAGAGACAAAAGCACCGCGCAGCCAUGCAGAGCCCUUUUGCGGAUCUGGACCCUGUGCUGGAGGAACUGUGUGCUACGCUAGACUCGGUCAUUCUCAUGCCCGGCAUGCAGGAUCCGAGCAGUGCGACCAUGCCGCAGCAGCCGCUUUUGCGUGCGCUUAUGCCGCGCGCUGCGCGAUGGAGUAGCUUGGAAUGCGUGACGAACCCAGCGUGGUUCAUGCUGCACGGGCGCAUCAUGUUGGGAACCGCGGGCCAGAACGUGGCGGAUCUUGUAAAGUAUGCGCCAGAGGCUGCGCAGUCAAUAGAGACAGCCAUGGAAAUGGCACGCGCAACGCUGGAAUGGUCGCACGUCGCACCGACUGCGCCGGAUACGCUAUGGUGCUACCCAUUCAAGCACACGGACCCAUUUGUUCUUCGCGCCGCACCCGACGUGUACAUUGUCGGGAACCAAGCUGCACAUGCACACUCGACCAUGAACACGAAGCGUGCGGAUGGAACAUUGCAUACCAUUCACAUCAUCCUCGUUCCAGACUUUUCGCAAACGCACGAGGUGGUGCUGCUAAAUAUGGAAACGCUUGCAUCGCACCCUGUAGCCUUUCAAGCAUAG